AUGGAUUUCAACGAUUUACUAUUUGGAGAUAGUGAGUUCGCUGCUCCUUCUGCGCAGCAGCCACAAGAUGACGUCUUUGCACUAAGUGAACAAGAUCGUAAUCGUUACAAGAACCUCUUUGACUCGAUGGAUACAGAUCAUGACGGAUAUCUGUCGCGAGAAGAGGUGGCAAAUUAUGUUUCCCAAAAUAGCCUGCCCGUGGACUCUUUGGAUGAGGUGUUUGCUCUGUGUGAUGUGGAUCAGGACGGUUUCCUGAGUUUGCCCGAGUUCACGAGUGCUGCACACAUAUUUUACCUUCACCAAACUGGAGUUCCCAUUCCAUCGGCCCUUCCCAGCUCUCUGACAGACCAGCCCGCCACCGAGUCCGAGGCCCCGACGAACGACUUCAUGUUUGACUUUGAAGCAAUGGACUCGACGAGCCAGCCCAAUCCGAUUUCGCCCUCAGCGCUGCAGUCCUCGCUGAACCUCGACCUCAUCCCCACUCCCCGGAUGGACGAUCUGUUCGACGACGAAGCGUCCGAGGAGGGCGGGAACCCCUUCUCCGCGAGCGCCGCGCGGUACAUCGAGGACCACCGCGCCGAGGAGGAGGAGGAGCUCAACGCGCUGAAGGACGCCACCAACGUCCCCGCGGUGGUGUGCGAGAACCGCGAGAAGCUCGCGCAGCUGUGGCAGUUCAACAUGCGGCAGUGGCGCGAGCGCGCGCUGUCGCUGCGCGAGAAGGAGAAGGAGGUGCAGGACCAGAAGCGAGAGAACGAGCGGCUGCGGAAGGAGAUCAAGGACGCGGAGAAGAAGCUGCGGGAGCUGCAGGACAGCACGGAGUUGCAGCUGAAGCGGAUCGUGAAUCGUCAGGGCAAGCUGAACAACGCGCUGGUGGACAACCAGCUGGACUACCCGAUCCGCGCCGAGUUCGACGACAUCGACCUCGCCGAUCUGUUCUCUCCCCCCGACCCCGCCCCCAAGCUCCCCGUCCCCAAGUCUCUCACCGUCAAGACCGCCAUGCAGUCGGCAGCGCCCGUGGCGUACGACGUGCUGGACCAGGACGCCUCGCUGGACGCGCCCUCCACGGUGAACCUCUUCACCUCCCCCGUGGAGGAGAUCAACGGCUCCAAGGCGCGCGCCCGCGGCGAUCUCAACGCCCCGCCCGCCAUCACCUUCAAGGCCUUCCAGCGAAGCCGCAAAGCGCGCUCCUUCGCUCCGUUGGGCGCGGGCGCCGACGCAGAUGCGAUCAGCGAGAGCGAGGAGAGCGACGAGGACAUGAAGCCUGCGGAGCUAGCGGCGUUCCCGGCGUUCUCGCGGAAGAAGACGGGCAGGGAGGAGGACGUGAUGGGCUCGAAGCAGUGGUACCGCGGCGUGUACGCGAAGCACCAGCAGCAGCAGCUCGAGGACGAGCGGCGAGCUGGAGGAGGAAAUGGAGCGACAUCGCCGUGA